UCCACCCUUCUACUGCAAAAUCAGAAAACACUCUUAACUUCGCUUGGUUAGUUGCUGGCAUUUCUCAUAAAAAGAAAAAUGAGCUCCAUUGCUUUCAAACCCUUCACCGGCCUCCGCCGUAGCUCCGCCGUUCCCUGCCCCAAUCCUACCGCCACUCUCACCAAACCCGUCGUCAAAUUCCACGUGUCAGCCGCCAAGAGGUCUCCAAAACUAAGCAACCGCAACCUCAGAGUAGCCAUCAUAGGGGGUGGCCCGGCAGGAGGCUCGGCCGCCGAAACUCUGGCAAAGGGCGGCAUCGAGACGUUCCUAAUCGAACGCAAACUCGACAACUGCAAGCCCUGCGGUGGAGCCAUCCCGCUUUGCAUGGUGGGUGAGUUCGACCUGCCAUUGGACAUCAUCGACCGGCGAGUCACCAAGAUGAAGAUGAUUUCUCCUUCCAACAUCGCCGUCGACAUCGGGCAAACGCUGAAACCCCACGAGUACAUCGGGAUGGUGAGGAGAGAAGUGUUGGACGCUCAUCUGAGAGACAGAGCUAAGGAGAACGGCGCUAACGUUAUAAAUGGGCUGUUCUUGAAGAUGGAUAUGCCCAAGAGUUGGGAUGAGCCUUAUGUUCUGCAUUACACCGAGUACGACGGCAAGGUGGGAGCUACGGGAUCUAAAUCUACUUUGGAAGUCGAUGCUGUGAUCGGAGCUGAUGGGGCUAACUCUCGUGUUGCUAAAGCCAUUAAUGCCGGAGAUUAUGAGUAUGCCAUUGCAUUUCAGGAGAGAAUCAAAAUCCCGGAUGACAAAAUGGUGUACUACGAGAAUCUUGCCGAAAUGUACGUUGGAGAUGAUGUCUCGCCGGAUUUCUACGGUUGGGUUUUCCCCAAAUGUGAUCAUGUUGCAGUGGGAACCGGCACGGUGACUCACAAGAGUGACAUCAAGAAGUUCCAGCUAGCCACUAGAAACAGAGCAAAGGACAAGAUCCUUGGAGGUAAGAUUAUACGAGUCGAGGCACACCCAAUCCCGGAGCAUCCUCGUCCACGCAGGUUAUCCGGGAGAGUAGCCUUAGUUGGAGAUGCUGCUGGAUAUGUGACGAAAUGCUCGGGUGAAGGCAUCUACUUUGCAGCCAAGAGCGGGAGAAUGUGUGCGGAGGCCAUCAUCGAGGGGUCACAAAAUGGGAAGAAGAUGGUAGAUGAAGGGGACUUGAGGAAGUACUUGGAGAAGUGGGACAAGACAUACUGGCCAACAUACAAGGUAUUAGAUGUCUUGCAGAAGGUGUUCUACAGAUCGAAUCCGGCUAGGGAAGCUUUCGUGGAGAUGUGUGCUGACGAGUACGUUCAGAAGAUGACAUUUGACAGUUACUUGUACAAGACGGUGGCGCCCGGAAACCCAUUGGAUGAUCUCAAGUUGGCAGUGAAUACCAUCGGGAGCUUGGUGAGAGCCAAUGCACUUAGGAAGGAAAUGGAAAGGUUAAAUGUAUGAGAUAAAUUAUCACUAGUUUCGGUUAUUUCUGUUAAGUUAAACCUUUUGAGAAUGACGUUUAAUUCUUGCUCCAGGGAGAGAUUAUAUUAUGUUUGUAUUUAGAAGAUGAAGUUGCACUUUAAUUUAUUACUAUGUUCAGAA